UUUUGAGAUUUAUCGUUUAUAUACGUGUUAUUAUACACGUGAAGGAGAGCUGGGCUGUCAGUUCUGGCCUAUUGGUUCCUUUAGCAGCAUGUCGGAGUUUCCUGCGAGGAAGAAACAGAAGCCCUCUUCGGGAGAGGCUCAAGAAAGGGUCGACUGGAGGAAAAGGAAAGCAGAAAAAAAGGAACAGAAGAGGAAAUGGAAGGAGGCUAAGCUGAUCGAGCAGCUGGAGAAACAAAACCAGGCGAAAGCAGAGGAGGAGAAAAUGCAGCAGCAGUGUCAGGAAGAGGAGGAGCCGAAGGCUGAAGGUCGUUUGUACACUGUGAGCAUCGCUUUGCCUGGCUCUGUGUUGGACAAUGCUCAGUCUCCGGAGUUGCGGACGUAUUUGGCCGGACAGAUCGCUCGCGCCUGCGCUGUAUUCUGCGUGGAUGAGGUGGUCAUAUUUGACGAGCAGGGGGAGGACACCAGGACGGUGCAGGGAGAGUUUAAAGGUGUGGGGAAGAAGGGCCAGGCCUGCGUCCAGCUGGCCAGAAUCCUGCAGUACCUGGAGUGUCCACAGUAUUUGCGGAAGGCGUUCUUCCCUAAACACUCCGACCUGGAGUUUGCAGGAGUGUUGAACCCUCUGGACAGCCCCCAUCACAUGCGCAUUGAUGAGGAGAUGGAGUUUAGAGAGGGCGUAGUGCUUGACCGGCCGUGUAAAGCAAGAAAAGGAUCUUUUGUGAACUGCGGAAUGAGGAAGGAGGUUCAGAUAGAUAAGCAGCUACAGCCGGGUCUGCGAGUGACCGUGCGACUCCUUCACAAAAACCAGAAACCAGAGAGCAGGGUGCAUUGCGGAGUGGUUGUAGCUCCUCAUGUCCCAAGAACAGAAGGUGGACUGUACUGGGGCUAUAGCGUCCGUCUGGCUUCCUGUCUCAGUGCUGUAAUGACAGAAUGUCCAUUCAAAGAUGGCUAUGAUCUGACCAUUGGGACAUCUGAGAGGGGUAGUGACGCUGACCCAACUCCUCUGCCUCCAUUCAGGCAUAUGUUGGUGGUGUUCGGGGGCCUUAAGGGUCUGGAGGAGAGCGUAGCUACGGAUCCAAAUCUGGACGUGACUGAUCCCAGCGUGCUCUUUGAUCUCUACCUCAACACCUGCCCAGGACAAGGCAGCCGCACCAUCCGCACUGAGGAGGCCAUAUUAAUAACCCUGUCAUCAUUACGGCCAAAAAUCGCCACCUCUGACCACAACAAAAGAUGACCGCAAGAAUUGACAUCACCACAUGCAUGAAGCUACAUGCAAACCAAAUGCUGGGCUGUCCAUCAGACUGACCAAAAGAGAAGAUCUUGCAUCAGUAUGGGUGGAGGACACGAACUCUUAAGUGUGCGCUAACAUACGUGAAUCGCAUAUUGGGACACAGCCUGUGCAGACUUGUGCAGCCUGCUCAGUGUUUGGCCAUGUACACCUGCAAAAACUGAUUAGAUUAAGAUAAAAAAAAAAGAAGGCCAAGAAUUUGUUUUCUCAAACAUAUAUAAUGUUUUUAAGACACAUUAUGUACAGAACAUUCAUAAAGAGUGACGAGCACAAGAACACAAUCAAAAGUGAUGUCAAAGUUACAGUCAGAAUAUUAAUAAUCAUAUUAGUCAUAUUACAUUCUUCACAUCGUUCCUGUCUCUCAGGCCCUGUCCAGAAUGAAUCCCUGCUCCCUCCUGUCCUGGACAUUAGCACAAGCGUCAGAACUCUCAGGAAUAACGGACACCGACACGGUCAGGGUCAACUCAUCGAGUAGUUAUCAGAUGGGAAAACAUACUACAAAAGCCAUCGUGUUGAGCGAUAUAUUGUUUGUUAAUAUGCUAAUGAGCCCUCUAACCAAUCACAGUGCUUUUAAUGUGUGCUCUGAGCGUCCUAACCAAUCACAGCUCCAGAUGAUUGUUAGGAUGGUCAAAAUAACGCAGGCUGUAACUCUGUUAUAUUACUGACUCAUAAGUGUGUUUCUAGCAUAUAGCAAACUGUCACAAGGUCAUCAUAAUACUGGUAUUUUGUCUAUAUCGUGCAGCCCUACAUGGCAAGUGAGGUCAUUAUCAUUUUGAGACUUUUGCAUUAAUAUUAUACAUUUAUUUAACUUCUAGACACGGCAGAUUAUUUUGCUUAUUUCAUGCAUUAUUUCUUAAAACAAGCGAAAUGAUCUGCCAACAGAAUAAGACUGUUUCUUUGGAUAACAUUACUUAAGAAAACUAGUAAAAACAUUAGAAAUAAGCGAAAUAAUCGGAUAUUGAAACAACUGUAUGAUAGUAGACAUUCACACCCAUUUCAAGAUGUUUACUAUGACCCCACAGGUUAGACUUUGUUCAAAUCUCUGCACAAUUGAAUGGUAAAGAUAUAAACAAAGUCAUUCAGAGUGGUUUGGCGUGAAACGCUCUGCUAGAUAAACUGACCGAUUUCAGAACUGUUCACAGUGGUGGUGACACAGUUCACAGUGGUGGAGAAACCUGUCUGGGUCUGGCAAAACAGUUCCCAAAGAAAACCUUUUUCCACUUUUUUUACCAUCAACAUGCCAUAUGAAACUACAAACCUAAGACUCGUGUAGGUUCUCUGGUGGUUCUGGAAAAUGUUGUAGUCAUGGUGACCCCUGGUUCCCAUCACCACCACUGUACAGACGUCUGGACCAUUUCUCACCAACUCUGAAUUAAUUAUGCAGAGAUUGUGAACCAUCUGCGGAAUUCGACUUUAAGAUGUUCGGGAGGAAGGGUGCAGGGUCAUUUUGGACAAAGCCACUUUGUACAUGCCUGGGGCGUCGGGAUGCAGCAUACUGAACUGGAAUUUAGCUUUUUCGGUUAAUUAUUUAGCUUUUACUGACAUGCCAGUAUUCUCGUUCCUGAUGCCCGGCUCCUGAGGCUCCUACAUCCCAGGUGUCUCAGGCCAACAUCACAAUCCCAGUGUUUAUUCUGAACGGGUCUUUGAGGUGCUUAAAGCAAUAAU